CACAAGUUCAUUUCAAGUUCAAGAGUUUGCAAUCUGAAAUCACAAAAGUAGUCAUUGGCUUUUUUAAUCCAGUACAUCUCUGGUAAGUGGAAAACAUUGGUGACUGAAUAGAAAAUCUUACUGCGUCAUUUAUUUAAUCUGUUAAAAAGUCCAAGGAAAACUUUACGUUCAACAUGAGUUUGCCAGGAGACGAUGUCCACCAGUAUGAUACCCAGUACUCAGCAUUUGCAGAAAAUGUGGCGAUUUCUCCUAUCAUUAGGAGUACUCAAAUAGACACGUCAUCUGCAAAUACAACUUUAAAGUUGAAAAGCUGGAUGGAAAAAUCUAAAGUUCAUUCAUUAUCGUCAACAAAGGCACAGAACACUGCGAAAAACGUCGAAACCGAAGAGAACGAAAACGUGCGGGAAUCUUUGGCAACGUUUGCCAGCAAUGUUAGUAUUUUAGGGAUCAAGAAUGUUGUGGACUCCAAAAUCGGUUGGUUCCGCAGAGUUAUGUGGCUUGUGUUUGUGUUGACCGGGUUUGGAUUCUUGAUCUUUCAUCUAAAAAAUCGCAUUGAUUAUUAUUGGAGUAACCCAGUCUCCGUCAACAUCGAACUGCAUUACGUGGACUUCAUCCCGUUCCCGGCUGUGACUAUAUGUAAUAAUAACAAACUGCGCGCACUGAAUUUGUAUCAUACGGGCGAAAUUGACGUCGGUUACUUGUUUACCUCACCUACAGCGACCACUACGAAGAACCUGAGCAGUUAUAACUGGACUGAGUUUAUCACGGAGUACGGGCAUGAUGCCCCGACGAUGCUAAAUGCGCCGGGUUCCUGUGAAUGGAACGCCCAGCCCUGCUCUGUGGAUAAUUUCACAAGAAUCCUCACGGAGAUGGGCGUGUGCUACACGUUCAACCAUGGUGACACCAAUCUGAAAACCGAACUCUUAGGUUCGACAUUUGGACUUAAACUAAUAUUGAACGCUGAACAGUACAAUUAUCUGGCUACAUCACACAGUGCUGGCUUUACAGUGAGUUAUUUUGCAUGA